CAACUGAUGAUGGUAUGGUGGUGGUGGUUGUGGUGGUGGUAGUAGUAGCAGCCAAAAGAGAAAGAAAGGAGGUCUUCCGUUCCGGCAUAAUAGUCGUGUGCGAGUUGGCAGUUACGCGAGAGAAUCGUACAUCGUUGUGACCAUAUUUUUCUGACAUUUUCGUUUCGAUUCGAAAGAAAAGAAAAAAAAGAGGAACGAAAAAAGAUCCUCCCCCGAAUCGAACGGCAACACCUCUUUUAACCUUUUCCAACGGUUCGAUAUCUAUUCCCCUCUCUCUCUUUCUUUCCCUCUCUCGCUCUCUCUCUCUCUCUCUCUCGUGUGUAUCUACCUGGUACCCUCCCUGGUUACCAAAUUACGGAAAAAAACUGUUUGAUUCUCGUCGUAUUGUCAUCGCAUCGAUCUCGAUAAAACGUUUGAUCGAUAAAAACGUUUGAUUAAAAUUUACCUCAUCCUAAUAUAUAUAUAUACACACAGAUAUAUAUAUAUAUAAUCAGGAUGAAUGAAGAAUACGACGCGAUUGUUCUUGGAACUGGACUAAAGGAAUGCAUCCUAUCCGGUAUGUUAUCGGUCAGUGGCAAAAAGGUACUCCACGUAGACCGCAACAAGUAUUAUGGCGGUGAAUCAGCCUCUAUCACGCCAUUAGAAGAUUUAUUCGCGAAAUUCAAGGCACCAUCAACAGAUGAAGGUUAUGGACGUGGUAGAGAUUGGAACGUAGAUCUUAUACCUAAAUUCUUAAUGGCUAAUGGUCUCCUUGUCAAACUACUGAUUCACACGGGUGUGACUCGAUAUUUGGAAUUUAAGUCGGUAGAAGGAUCUUAUGUUUACAAAUCCGGUAAAAUCUCCAAAGUACCGAUCGAUCAACAAGAAGCAUUAUCUAGUGAUUUGAUGGGUAUAUUUGAGAAGAGACGGUUUCGAAACUUCCUUGUAUGGGUUCAGAACAUGAAGGAAGAUGAUCCCAAAACUUGGGAAGGAUUUGAUCCCUUUAACAAUAAUAUGAGCGCACUUUACAAUAAAUUUAGCCUUGAUAAAAAUACUCAGGACUUUACGGGUCAUGCAUUAGCUCUAUACAGAGAUGAUGAUUACAUAAGUCAAAGUGCGAUAACCACCAUAAGGAGAAUCAAAUUAUAUAGCGAUAGUUUAGCACGUUAUGGUAAAUCUCCAUAUUUGUAUCCCAUGUACGGCCUUGGUGAAUUACCUCAAGGUUUCGCUCGACUUAGCGCCAUUUAUGGUGGUACGUACAUGUUGGAUAAACCAAUCGAUGAAAUCGUCAUGAAAGACGGUAAAGUCGCUGGUGUACGUUCUGGAGACGAAGUAGCUCAAUGUAAGCAAGUAUUUUGUGAUCCUACCUAUGUACCUGAACGUGUGAAGAAAGUUGGUCAAGUCAUAAGAUGUAUCUGCCUUUUGGAUCACCCGAUACCAAGUACAGGUGAUGCUCUUUCAACGCAGAUUAUCAUUCCACAGAAACAGGUUAAUCGUAAUUCUGAUAUUUACGUAUCCUUGGUAUCGCAUACUCAUCAAGUAGCUGCUAAAGGAUGGUUCAUAGCUAUGGUUUCUACAACGGUGGAAACAAAAUAUCCUGAACAAGAAAUCCAACCAGGAUUAGAUUUACUUGGACCCAUAAGACAAAAAUUCGUUUCUAUAUCAGAUUACAUGGAACCUACCGACGAUGGCUGCGAAAGUCAAAUUUUUAUUUCAAGGAGUUACGAUGCGACAACGCAUUUUGAAACUACCUGUUUAGACGUACUUGAUAUUUUCAAACGCGCAACUGGAGAAGAAUUUGAUUUCAACAAAGUUAAACAAGAACUAGGUGACGAGGAUCAGUAACCAUAAUGUGCGUUGUGUGAUUUGUCCAUUACUCUAAAAAUUAAACUAUCAAAGUCUAAGUAAUCUAAUCGGACAUUUAUCUACCGACUGUGUCGGUCAUCAAUGUCUUUAUGCAGAUACAUAUUGAGAAUGUAAUACUGCAACAAGACAAAGUCCUUUAUUUUCAUUUUUGAAUUGUCUCUUUGACAGAGAACAAAAAGAUAUUUUUUUUCCUACUUUUUUUUUUCAUCAAUUUUUUUUCUCUGUUCUUCUCUUAAUCUCUUAAUCUGAAAGUCAUCCAAAAACUAAUACUGCCCCUUUACUUUAGCCUAAAACAAAUAAUUUGAUUUGAUAUAAGAGACAUCGAAUUUUCUUGUCAAAAAAACCUCUUCGAUCUUUGAUACCCAAUUAGUAUAUUAAAUAUUUGAAGAUAACACGGGCCAUGCCAGUAGCAGCAAAAUAUUGUUAGUAUUAUAUGCAUAAAGUUUUUAAAAUGGCAUAGCAGAAGUUUUAUGGACACAAAUGGUACAUCAUAUUUUAAUUACUGAAACAAAUAAAAACAAAGGGGCUAAACAAACGAGGACAAAAAAGAUAAUAGUUAUUGUUGCAGUGUCACGAUUAAAAAGACGAUAUAUAAGAAUAAAGACGAGAGGUACAAUAUAGCGGUUAUAUGAAAGAAAAAUUCUACGUAAAGAAAUAUAAAUAGUAUGUUUCAGUUUAGCUUUAGAGAAUAUAUUAUUCCUAUUCAUAUAGAUAAUAAUAAUUCUUGGAGAUGGAAGUAAGCUAAGCGGAAAUUGAAAUGACACCAUAACAACAAAAUGAACAAGAUAGAGUCCAAUACUCUAUAAAAAUGGAAUAGUGCAACAAGAGUGGCCAAGAGUGUUUUAUCAUGAAUAUAUAUAUAUAUAUAUAUAUAUAUAUAUAUAUAUAUAUAUAUAUAUAUAUAUAUAUAUAUAUAUAAAAAUAUAUAUAUAUGUAAAGAUGAAAUUGGAUCGUUGAAACAUUGUUAUUUUAUCUGAGCUUGCGAAUGUGAAUAUUCCUUUACGUAUCCUUGAAUGUAUCAGAAAUAUCUAUCAUUACUUGAUAAAGUAUGCUAAAAAAAAGAAAAAAAAAAAAGAAAAAAAAAUAGAUAGCAAGCGCAUAUGUCCGUACAUCUGUUUGCUGCUACUGAGAGCAUGCGUGUUGUGUGAGAAUAGAAUGAAUGUUCGAUCAUUUCUUUUUUCUAUAUUUCCAUAUUUGCUUGCACUUUUUGCUUGAAAUCACCAAGCACACUCGCAAUUUCUUACUAUGUACAAAAAGAUUUUAUGAAUUGUGCAUACACAUUGAUAAACAAGUGAUUUUUUUUUUUUUUCUUCAGGAUGGUAUUGGCAAUGUAAACUGUAACACGAAAGUCCUAUGGAAUAAAUAUAUUGAUUUAA